UCAAAAUAAAAUUUAAACGGGAACCGUAUUUGUCGUCCUAAAUCCUCUAAAAAAUGAGGAUACUUUCCCUCAUCAUUGUUCUAUUCCUGGUCGCAGAUGUUUAUGGAAGAAAGAAAAAAUGGCUGAAACAUCCUAGUAUUGUGGUUCUCAAGAAAAACACGGGAGAAGUGAAAGAAAUUCCUACUGAAGGUUUUAAAACAUCCAUUUAAUAAUAAUACUACUAAUAAUAACGACUUUAAGCUAGAAAGCUUUUGGGAUCGUGUAUACCAAAUUAUAUACUAAAUUAUUUCAUUCUAUUUUCAAUAUAACCUGAAUGGUUUUGCAUGCUGAUCACGGCAUUGCUUUCAAUUUGACUGCACCAACCAUGUCAAAACAUUGCAGGUCUUUUCCGGGUUCUUCCCCCUCAGUAAUAAAACUCCAUAGAUCAACUAUGGAUGGCCCUUACUGAACCGCUUAAGAGAAUAGAUUUGUGAAUGGAAAGAGCUAUCCAGUAAACUGGAAAUGCAUACAAUUGAGCGGCUAGCCGCACGGACUGAAUCAGUGAAUCUUAUUGUACGAGUUUAUAUCAGCUGUAGUAGCACAGGAUAAUAAGAGAUGGCCCUUAUUUCUGCUCUACAGAGGACAGUUGCAGAUGUGAUUCUGAUGUGAUUCACUAUCAAUGAAUAAAAUUAAAGUAAUGAUUUAUAGAUUUCGCGGAAAAGAAACAUCACCACCAUCAAAGACAUCACGAUGGCGGCAAAAUUAAAACACAUGAACAUCAUCUGAACUUUGGCAAUACUGAUUCUCUGCCAUAUUCCUCGCCGUUCUCCAGGCCAUAUAAGUGGAACAUGUAUACAGACGGACCUUUUGGCUGGGGACCUGCUCGACGCAGGAGAGAUAUCAACAGGUGAGAGAAGCAUGUAGGUAAAUAUUAUUUCAAGGCCAUUUGUAAGAAUUCUGACGUCGGAAAAGUCUACCUCACUCCAGAUUAAAUAAUUGCGCACAACAUUUCUGGACAUACAAAGAUGCUCAGGAACAAAAUAAGAAAGCGAAAAGAGAGAGCUGAGCCAUGAGGUGUGCCUAAAGCUCUGAUUUGAAUUUUACACACAUGUUCUCUUCUAUAUCAUACAAAAUACUCGUUGCAAAAAGUACUUCCAGGUUUAUGCCCUAUCUUUUUUUGGCUUACCAACCGAAAUCGAAUGAACUACGAUCUUACCUACGUAAUUUGUCUUUGUAUAGUUAUAACGCAUUCAAACGAAGCCCAUAUCCUACACAGAACUACCAACAACAGCGACCUUACCAACCCGCACAACCUGCAGCUUAUUACCAACCUGCUCAACAUGCGUCCUAUGUCCAGCCGGCUCGACAGCCUUACAAUUACCAGGCAGCUGCAAGUCGAAAUACUCUGGCCUCGUAUUCCCGACAGCCCCUAGCUCAACCCCUACAGAGGAAAGCACCCAAGGUACAACAACCUCAAGAAAGAACAUGGGUGGAUAAAAUGGGUGUUAAAUGGACAACAAGGAAAGUGAAUGACUACAAAUGGGGCGAGAGGGAGCCUGGGAUAACAAUGGAUGAAUACGCUGGAGGACCUUUUGGUUUUGAUGACGUUAAAAGGAGUGCAAUACAGCGAGCACAAUUGAACCAGGUGCAUUAUCAUCCCUAAUUCUACUAAGAUUAAGUCAGGGUUAGCAGAGAUGCAUGUUAGCAAGGUUUAUAUAUCUUGCAACCAUCGAGUCACACAAAAUAUCGCAAGACUGUAGAUGGCCUCGCUAAGGGGGUGGGGAAAAACAAAUAAAUUUCGCGCAAAGAGAAACAAAAUAAAAAAAUUGUGCAAAGAGGAGAGCAAAGAAAACUUCCAUUAUAAAAUUCAGCAUCAUCAGACGGCAGAAAAAAAUUCGUGCAAGCCUGAAAAUCCCUCACCCUGCUAUGCAGAGCUGAGAGCCUAUAGUAAACUAUACUCUGCAUAGCAGGGUAAAAAUCCCCCCGCUAUUCCAUCGCUUUUCUAACGGUCGGCCACCCAGUACUCUCAUGCAACAGAUGGUGGUCAACCUGUAGUUAUGAGAGUGAGCAAAUAAUGUUAAUUAGUUUUAUGUCUUGAGCACCAGACUCAUUUCCAUUUCAACGUUUCCAGAGACAUUCAAGCAUUCCCGGAGCAAACCGCCGCAGAAGUUGGAUUGACAAAUUUGGCGUUCGAUGGACAAACAAGAAAGUGAAUGACUACAAAUGGGGAGAAAGAGAACCAGGAGUGACAAUGGAUGAAUACAAUGGAGGACCAUUCGGAUGGAAUGAAGUGAAAAGAAGUAAAAUAUAUUUCCCUAACCGACCAAGAAAGUAGAACAUUAAGUUGGUUUUAUCCAUGAUGGCACUCACGUCGUCAACUAUUUCAAGUGAAUUUUGUUUAACACCUUGACGAGUUUCAUCAAAAUAUACGGAGGUUCGCAUUUUCACAUCAAAAAUUUUAAUCUUUGAUGAUGUGAACCGCAUUGCAGAUUAUUGAAAUGAACUUUAGGCUUCGGCAAAACACUGGUCUGGUUACAAUGGUCUGAUUACGGUAAUUUCAAUGAAACAUUCUCCGUUUUGGAUAAAUACAGUAAGUUGCGAUGCAGAGAUACAAUGUCGAUGAGAUAUAUUUAUAUUAAAAAUUUGUUGAAGUUUUUUACGUUUUAACAAGGUAAACGUUUUCUGGGAGGAUUUAUAGCUCCUAGUGAAGAGAUCACAAGACCGUUAGGGAUAGGGUUGUGCAACAC